CUUUUUCUCUGGUACCCAAAUGUCCUCGUCGUUCCCCCAUAGCUACCAAGGGCCCGCGUCGCUCCCCUCAGACUACGCUGUGCUCUCGCAAUACAUGGGACAACGCAGGCAGGAUGAAAACGACGGCACAAUGUCCGAGUCAGACGGCACCGACGAGACGGUGACCCCCAAGAAUCCUGCACAACGACGAGAGAGCUUCCCAGCGAGCGAGUACUAUCGACCACCAAAACCAACCAUUGGUUCUCGUCCAGAUGUGCCCACCGAGUAUACCCCGCUGCUCGCAGGACCUCCAGUUCCUCGAAUCGAGGAGGAGAUAGAUUCGGACCCAUCGUCGGACAAUGAGAGCAAGCUGAACAUGUUCUUCGAGGAGUUCCGCAUCAUCAGCAAUUAUGCUCUACCUGUAUUUGGGACCCAUUUGUUGGAGUAUACCUUGAUUAUUGUCCCAGUCAUCUCCAUUGGACACAUCUCCACUAUUGCACUGGCGGCCAUAAGCUUGGGCUCCAUGACUGCCAGUGUAACUGGUUACAGUAUUAUCCAGGGAUUCUGUAGUGCGCUUGACACUAUGCUUCCGUCUGCCUGGACGUCUUCACACCCCGAAUUUGUCGGGCUCUGGGCUCAACGAAUGGGCGUGGUUAUGGCAGGAACCCUUGUUCCAAUCAUACUCACAUGGCUCAAUGCCGAAUCCAUUUUGCUCUUCUUAAAACAAGAUCCGGAGGUCGCUCGCUUAGCGAGUUUGUACCUUCGUUGGGCAAUUCUGGGAUUACCCGCCUAUACCUUUAACUGUAUCAGUCGGCGGUACUUCCAGUCCCAAGGUCUUUUCACCGUACCAACGCGCAUCAUCCUUGGAGUGGCGCCGAUUAAUGCCAUAAUUAACUACCUCCUCGUCUGGGGUCCUGAACCCAUACGAUUGGGAUUCAUUGGUGCCCCUAUCGCAUCGGCCAUCUCAUUCAACUUGAUUUCCUUCUUCUCGCUCGCCUAUGGCAUAUACUUCGUCCCGAAGACCGCCUGGCAUCCACUUUCUCGGCGUAUGUUCACGAGCUUGGGUAUCUUGGUCCAUCUGGGCUUGAGUGGUGUCGGCCAGACCGCUUCUGAGUGGUGGGCAUGGGAGCUUAUGUCUCUGGCCGCGUCCCUAAUGGGUCCCGUGGUCCUUGCCACCCAGUCCGUUCUAUUGACUUCCUCGUCUAUGACCUUCCAGGCACCUUUCGCACUCGGUGUAGCAACUUCUGUUCGUAUCGGUAACUUGCUCGGUGAGCGAAACGCGAAGCGAGCAGGUGUGGCUGCUAGAACUGCGAUUGUCAUUGCUCUCUUGAUCUCCGUCUUCACCAGCACGUUGUUUGUGACGUUCCGUAACUCUUGGGGACGUCUGUUUAACGAUGACGACGAGGUCGUGAGUCUCACUGCCCACAUUCUCCCCUUGGUUGCGCUCUUCCAAGUCGUGGAUGGAAACGCCGCCGUGACGUCCGGUAUCCUGCGUGCAAUUGGAAAACAGUUCCUCGGCGCCUUGCUGAACCUCAGUGCAUACUACGUCAUCGGUAUUCCAUUCGGUGUAUGGCUUGCCUUCCGCCGAGACAUGGGCCUAACGGGCCUCUGGAUUGGCUUGACUGUCUCACUCGUCUAUUGCUCGUUCUUUGGCACUUUCAUUUGUCUUCGCACGAAUUGGGAUCGUCAAGUGGAGAAGGUUGAAAAGCGCCUGGAGGCGGAGGAGAGAAUGCGAGAGGCUGAAGCGCGCAAGAAUGACGUCUCGAAUGAGGGUGGCGAAAGGGGGUUGACGACCGUUGUGGAAGGUGGAGAGACUGAGGCGUUGCUGCACCAUAGGGCUGGAAGGGGCAACAGUGACUAA